AUGGACAAUAAGGUAAACACAAAUAAUUUGAAUCCAAAUGCGGCACAAUUUUCAUCAGUUGAUCAACAUGAAACAGCAAUUAAUUAUUUAGACGCAGAAUAUCAGAACACAAUUGAAUAUGCUGCUGGUUAUAUUCGACCAACAUAUUCAGGCUAUUAUUUCGAUGUUGAUCCAUCAUCAGAAUUAAUUUAUCCACAUCGGCCGAGUUAUGCUGUUCAAGGUUAUCAACAAAUACCAAAUGUUUCAGAUCAAUCAUCUUCGGAUAUAAUAACAACAAAUGCAACAUCACCAACAAAUGUAGAAAUGUAUCAUUCAGGUCAAGCAACAGACGAUGAUCAAUCAACAAGUCAACAAUAUACACCUGAUCAGACACGUCUGAUGUUACGUCAGCAAUUAGAUUAUUAUUUUUCACGUGAAAAUAUGGCAAAUGACUAUUAUCUUCAGUCUCAAAUGGAUCCUGUAGAUAAAUAUGUUCCAAUUAGUAUCAUAGCUGGUUUUAAAUUAAUUAAAAAAAUAACGGAAGAUACACAAUUGGUAACAGAUAUAUUGAAAGAAUUGCCAUCAGUUGAAGUUGAUGCUGAUGAACAAAAAGUGAGACCAGCUAGAAAACGUUGUAUUAUUAUCUUACGUGAGAUACCAGUAGAUGUGAAAGAUCCAGCGGAAGUUUCUGAAUUAUUUGAUAAUGAACGCUGUCCUACAAAAUGUCUUGAUUGUGAAAAAGUGGGAGAAACAGAUUGUUGGUAUGUUACGUUUGCUUCUGAAGACGAUGCCCAACAUGCGUUUGUUUAUUUGACAAGAGAAAAUGUAUCGAUAAGAGGACAAAAGGUUUUGGCAAGAAUGAAAGCUCGUAUGUGGCAAAAAACAUCGUCACAAUCUACAACAAAUGCUUCUACGCCUAUUUCACCGCCACCGUCUCAUCCGAGUGACGGUAUCACUCCACCUAUACAACAGCCACAAACACAGCCGACAUUUCAGCAUCAACAACAACCACAACAGUCUCAAAUACCACCAUCCCAUGUUACCCAAAUAUCAUCAUAUCCAUCUCAUUCAUUACAUCUACAUUCACAUCAACAGCAACCGCAUGAUAUCACUUCCACUUAUAUGCCAAAUGCACAAUCCUCAAUAAUAAGUCCGAUACCAAUUCCAAAUUUCCGUCCACAACAUCCUGCUCAACAACAACAACCUCUACCAUCUCAACAUUCACCAGGUAAUUAUCCACAGUUCCACCAACAUUGUUCGCCAAAUAUGGCAGCUGCAAUGCCACACUUACGAAUUUAUCAUCCUUUAUCACAAAAUCAACAAGCUCAACAGUCACUAGCAUUUCCACAACAAUCAAAUAUUUCUCCAUAUCCAACGUCUAUUCAUCAACCAACAUCAUUUCAUCCUAUGUUUUCACCUUAUAUGUGGAGUGUAUCACCGCCACAAACUUACGCCAAUGAUCCAUACACAAUGAAGGCAAUUCGACCAUCUAGACAAGAUGCGUUGUCGAUAAAUAACGAUCAUUCAUCAGAUAUCUGUGAUUGCUCUCAUCACGACACACAUCAUAGUUCUGGUAGUGGUUCGCCUGUUGGUCCACGUGCUGAAGUUGUGGUAAAUCGUAAUGCUGAUCCGACGGCUAGUCCUGUUUCAAAUUCGUCAUUACAACAAGUAACAGCAUUUCCAGCCACAGCAAAUCUUACGAAUGAACAUAAUAUUGCUGAAAAAAUGAUGGAUCAAUCUGAUUCAUUUCAUUCAAACGAUGACACGCACUGCAAUAACAGUAAUCAAGCACGUUCGUCAACGUUAAAUACGCCACUUUAUCAAGAACAUGACAAAAUUGAAACAUCCUAUCAAAAUAGUAAUCAUAAUAACUCGUCAUUUUAUCCAAACACUAGAACAGUAGAUCUCAAAUCAAAUGAUACAGAGCAACCACCACAACAAGCAAAAGAGUCCUCGGUUUCUUCGUCACAACAAAAUGUAGUGGAACAAGUACAAAUAUCGACACCAUCAGGGGUAAGUAAUAGAACGGGAAUCUAUCGUCAUCAGAAAACUGUAUUAAGUUCAUUUCUAGCCUUCCACAACCUCUUCGUCGGUGCCGCAACCACAACGUUCUUUAUCACAAAGACAAUCAUCACAGUUAAAUAUUGCUCAAGAACAACCACUACCAGU